GCUCCGGCACUCACCGGCUGCGCAGGCGCACUCGGGCCAUCCGACCCCUGGUUGCCUUAGUGACCCCUGGUUGCCUUAGGAUCCUCCGGCGCUCUUCUGGCCAGACCUCCUGUGCCGCCAGCGCUAAAAUGGAGCCCUAUAAGCCGGACCCCGAGCUCCAGCGGUUUUACCACCGGUUGCUGUGUCCGCUGUCGCUCUUCCCCCGCAAGGCGACAUGCUCAGAAUCUCAGAAGCGCCUUCCGCCGGAGGUGCCGAUGCUGCUGCCCUCGCCGGUCUCACGGCUGACGGCGGAGUCUCUGUGCCGCCAGGUGGCCGAGCGGCUGGCCAAUAGUGGGCUGGCGGUGCGCGUGCCUACCGAAGGUCGUCUCCGUUUCACUCAGGUCAUCCUGGACGAGCUCAAGUGCAGCUGGCAGGAGCCUCCCCCCGAACCUAGUCUGAACCACUUGAACAACCAGAGACUGCGAAAGCGACUCCAGGUCUACGUGCUGCUCAGCAGUGAGCAGCUCUUCCUGCACUACCUGCACCUGCUGAACACCAUGUCGACCCCCGCAAGUGUCUUCACUGAAUCAGCCACGCUCACCCGUUUAACCGCCAGGCUCGCCAAGGACUGCACAAUCUUUCUUACCAGCCCUGAGGUCUAUCAUUGCUUGUUCGCCGACUUCCUCACCCUGCUGAAGAUAGAGCAGGCCCACCGCGGCAUGCACAAGCUGCGCCCUGUAGGCUCCACUGGGGCUUUCAAGCUUUUGCCUAGCCCAUUGCUUCACAGCUCCGGCUUCGCCCGAGUACCGUGCUGCACCCUCAACCUGAACUAUCUCAUCCAACUCAGCCGCCCGCGGGAGUUUCUCAGUGAGCCUGAACUGGAUCCACUGAAGGAACUGAAGUCCAUCCCGCAACUGAAGAAGAAGAAGCCUCUCCAAUGGCUGUCCUCCGUGCAGAAGAGGAGAGAAAGCGACUUCAGUUCCGCACCGAUUGUGUCACCGCCCAGGUACUCUGUGACUCCCACCAGCGGGGCUCCCCCUACCUCCCACUUGCCCCUCUGCUCCCGGUUCCAGAGGGGCCAGUCCAUGCCCUCUCUGCGGGAGGGCUGGAAGCUAGCAGAUGAAUUGGGCGUCCCUCCACUCCCCCCUCGCCCCUUAACCCCGUUGGUCCUGGCUCCAGAGAGCAAACCAGAGCUGGCAGGGGACACGGUGGCUGAGGACCUGAAGCAGAUGAUAAAUAACAUGAAAUUGGAGAGGACUCACUACUCAUCACUGGACACAGGCCUGCCCCCACUCCUAGGGGCCCUGACCCGCCGCCCAGCUGCAGCACAUCGCCUGGAGGAGCUGCAGAGAAUGUUGAAGGGCCUCGAAGAGGAAGAAGCCACUGGGCAGUGGGGCCUCCAGUGCCCCAAAUCCCUUCCAUUUCAACCACAGCCGGUGACUGUUACUUUGAAGCUAGGAAAUCAGGUUGUGGUCCAAGCAGCUGCUGUGCAGGUCUCUGAGAGGAGCUUUUUGGACUCCUUCCACGUUGACAGGGCCGGAGUUCUAUAUAACCACCUGGCUGGUGAACUAGAACCCAAACUUAUUGAGGAAAUGGAUGUUGGUUUCUUUGUUGGCAAUAACAUCAGGGAGGUCUACAAGGAGUUGAUGAGCCGUGUCUCUCUUGACCACUUCUCUUUUGACCAGGGACCCCUCAUUGAGCCUGCAGCCAAUAAAGACUGGUCAACGUACCUGUCCUCCGCCUUUCUACAUCAAGAAAAACAGCAUCGCGUCAUCAAUCCCAAGUUAGCUGGACUUUAUUCCCAGAGAGCAAACAUUUUACAGUCCACCUCUGAUAAGAUAUCCUCCCUCACGUCACUGCAAGCAAGCAAAGGCUGGGAGAAGUGGUCAAACAAAGCCUCGUGGGUGAACUGGUGGAAAGCCACCUUGUCUGUGAGUGACUACUUCAAGUACCUCACCAGCCAGGAGACAGAUUUCCUCCACGUCAUCUUCCAAAUGUAUGAAGAGGAUGUUCCUGUGGAGGUCAAGGCCCCUGUCAGAGAGUCCGUAAAGAUUCGGCGCCCGCCUCCCUUGCAGGAAGACGAAGAACCAGACUUUGUGCCGGGAGAGUGGGACUGGAACACCGUGCUGGGGCACAGGCUAGGGACCAAGAGGAGCGGCCCCCUGGGAGGACCCUACAAAAUCCUGAAUCUGCAGAAGCGUCUGGAGCGGCUGUGGUCCGUGCUUGAGGUCCCUGACCAGGAUCGGCUGGACAUGGCCAUCAAGUACAGCUCCAACGCUCGUCUGAGGCAGCUGCCUUCGUUGGUGAGUGCCUGGGAGCAAGCCCUGAAACCCAUUCAGCUGCGGGAAAUGUUGAUGGGGAAACUGGAAUGGUUCGAGCGACAAGCCUCUGACCCCAACCGCUUCUUCCAAAAGACCGACAUGGACCUGAGUCGCCUCCUGGAGGAGAAUCGGUUCCGCAGCCACCUACACAGAAAGAUCAGUCUAGUGCAGACCUCUCUGGCUUCCCUCCUGGAGGAGAUUGAGUUAGUUUUUGGUGAGCCAGUGACCUUUAAGGGGCGGCGAUACUUGGACAAGAUGAAGCAUGACAAGGUGGAGAUGCUCUACUGGCUACAGCAGCGGCGACGGGUCCGCCACCUGGCCCGGGCUCAGAAAGCCUCCCACCAGCCAGGGCUGUUCAGAAGCUCAGCAGCCAGCCUCUAAUAGCUCCUGGGAAUACUCCCAUUAUUCUUUGACAAGGCCAAGUGCCCUCAAAUCCCCCCCUCACCCCCAAGCAUCCAGCAGAUCCUCCAGACCCCUUGGGUGCUUUAGAAGAUAUAGGAGUGCAGGAUUCAGGAACAUUGUUUUCCAACUACCAAGGGACUGAGAUUAAUACUUUAUUGUGACGUGAGGUUCGCAUAAUGCAUCCCCAAGCCCAGAAGCCCAGUGUACCCCUUUAUUUCAAGCCCUGCACAAUAGAGCCAAAAUCUCAUAUAUCAAAAGAACCGAGACUCUCCCUUGGAGUUCAUUGUAAUGGGAAAUGUCAGACAGAGGAAAACCUUCACCUUUGGAACACCUCAGCUUAGCAUUUAUCAUACUACAUUAAACUGGCUGAUUAGAAUCCCAAAUCAAGAGGUUCUGUGGCAUGAGGCUUAUGAGCUAUUGCUCUUGGGGUGUCAGGGUGGCUCAGUCAAGCAUCUGACUCUUGAUUUCAGGCAAUGAUCUCACGGUUCAUGGGCUCGAGCCCCACGUAAGGCUUUGGGCUGACUGCAUGGAGCCUGCUUGGGAUUCUUCUUCUCUCUCAGCCUCUCCCCUGCUCGUGUGCGUGCUCUCCCUCAAAAAUAAAUGAAUAAACGUUAAGAAAAUGAUAAUAAAAGAGCUGGGGCCCUGGAGUAGGAAAUACGGAUUUAAAUCCUGGCUUUGUAACCUCAGCCAAAUUACCUAACUCCUCUGUACCUGGACCAUCAUAUGUCAGAUAAAGGGGCUAGGUCCAGCUCGUUACUUACACUUCUAGGAUCCUGUUGGUAGAGGUAAAAAUCUGUAUUACAUUUUUACCAGUUAACACAAGCACGUGGUACAAAGAACAAUAAGGGUAUAUACUGAAAAGUGAGUCUCCUUCCCAUCCCUACCUCCCAUACCCCAGUUCCCCCACUGUGGGACCAUCACCAGAUCUUGUGCAUCUUUCCAUUCUCUUAUUCAGCAAAUAGUCACCGAGCACCUACUAGGUGACACAUGCUUGGUCUGUAUCACUAAACAACAAAGAUCCCCACCCUUCGUAGAGUAUAUACCUACGUUACUUGGGAGAAACAGACCAUAAACUGUAAACAUAGUACCCAAGCACACAGAAUAAUAGAAUGUUAGAAGGCGAUAAACACUGUGGACUAAAGAAAAGGGAGAGUAGGGUAAGAGGAAACAGGGUGAGGGAUGUCAUUUUAAUUAGGGUGGUCAGUGCAGGGCUCACUGGGAAGGUAAGGAUUGAACAACGUCUUGAAGGAGGGAAGAAGUGAGCCCUAUAGACAUUGAGGAUAACCUCCUUGACACCCACUACAAAGCCCUAAGGCAGGCAGGUACCUAGAGUGUUCCAGAAGAUCAAGGAGGAUAACUUCGUUGACACCCACUGCACAGCCCUAAGGCAGGUGGGUGCCUGGAGUGUUCCAGAAAAGCAAGGUGGCCAGUGCAGGUGCAGUGGAGCACAGGGGAGAUGAGUCAGAGGAGUCAACACGAUGCCAAGGGGUAGGUUAGAUUAUGUAAGGCCUCAUAGGCUAAUGUAUGAACUAGUUCAGAGAGACCCUGUACAUAUAUGAGCAUAUAUGCUUAUGUUAUCUAUGCAUAUGUUUAUAACUACACCAAUAGUAGUAACGCCCUACACUGCUCUCUUGCCCCAUUUCUUAUUUCACGUAACAUGCCUUGAGCUCAUUCCAUAUCCAUACACACAGAGCUGCCUUAUUCUCUUUGAUAGCUAUAUAGUAUUCCACGGUGUAUAAUUUUAUUUUAUUUAACUAGUUCCUCAUUCAUGGACAUUUAAAAUGCAAAAUGUUCUAGAAAACAUCCUCGCUCACCUAUUUAGAAUGUGCAACUAUUUCUAUAGUUUAAAUUCCUGGAAGUGGAAUUAUGUCUAAGCAUAAGCAUUUGGUGGUAACAAUUUGCAGUAUCAUCAACAUUGCAUGAGUAUAUUUCUUUCCCCACUCUCACCAACAGAAUGUUACCAAAUUUUUCAACCUUUACCACCAGCAGGUGAAAAACAGUAACUCAUCUGAGUUGUGCUCUCAUUUCUCUUAUGAGUGAAGUUGCAUCUUUUCUGUUUAAAAACUGUAUUUCCUUCUCUGUGAAACGUCCAUGCGCUUUGCCCACUCUUCAACUGGUUUUGACUAUUUUUUUCUUGAUUUUUCAGAGCUCUUUACGUAUUCAGGAAAUUUAGCUGACAUGUUAGUAGUUAGCACUUAUUAAGUUCUUACCUUGUUCAGAACACUUUCCUGCA